GCAUUGGAUGAACUUAUAUGCAAAAUACACAAAAAACAGGUAUAUGUAUGUACGUAUGCAUUUAUCGCGUAACUGGACAGUUGAAAGAAUAGUGAACAAAUGGCGUUAAUAUUGUAACACCUGACUUUAAAGCAAAUUUUUUUUUUCCGUGCGGUAACGAAAUCAAGGCAAACUUAUUACAGCCCUUGACACCUGGAAUUAUGCUAAAACUCGUCUGUGUGGAUGACUUUUAUACAGCUGCGAAAUCAAAACUGACCGCUGACGGGACAUGGGAUUAUUUGGAAGGUGGUUCCGACGAUCAGUUUGCACUUCAACAAAGUCGCAAAGCAUUCCAACGCUACGUCGUCCGACCAAGAUUCUUAAGAGAUGUUUCUACCCGUGACCUGAGUGCAACAAUUCUUGGAAAAAAUGUAUCCUUUCCGGUGGGAGUGGCACCGAUGGCAAUGCAGAAACUUGCUCACCCCGAUGGCGAAUGUGCAGCAGCGAUGGGAGCUGGUGCUGUGGGAACGAUUUACAUCUUAAGCACAAUGUCGACCUGCAGUAUCGAGGAGGUCGCGAAUGCUGCUCCAAAUACGAGGCUGUGGUUCCAACUGUACUACCAGAAGGAUAGAAAUGUAAAUAUUGACCUGAUCUCCAGAGCUGAGAAAGCUGGCUAUGAAGCUCUUGUUCUUACGCUAGAUACGCAAAUGAUUGGGAAAAGGAGAGGAAACCUCCGGACGCCAUUUAAUCUUCCGGAGAAUGCAAAAUUAGCAAAUUUCGAGUCCAGUGCUGGUAAUGAUGUGAAUAAAAUGAGAGACAACUCCAAACCCGUCAGAGAUAUGAGUGUUACCUGGGAUGUGAUCAAUUGGAUUCGUGGCCAGACAACGAUGAAACUUGUCCUUAAAGGGAUCUUGACGGGAGAAGAUGCCACCCUAGCUGUGGAGAAUAAAGUGGAUGGUAUAAUUGUGUCGAAUCAUGGUGGUAGACAAUUGGACUGUGUCCUCCCACCGAUUGACGCUCUUGCCGAAGUGGUUGCGGCUGUUGGGAAGAGUGAUUGUGAGGUUUACAUGGACGGUGGCGUGUCUUUGGGGUCAGAUGUUUUCAAAGCGUUGGCACUUGGGGCUAAAAUGGUUUUUGUGGGGAGAGGAGUCUUAUGGGGAUUAGCAGUGGGUGGACAGCAAGGGGUAACAAAAGUAUUGGAUAUAUACAGAUCCGAAUUGGAUUUAACUUUAGCUUUGUCUGGUGUCGCAAAAUCCUGCCAAAUAAAUUCUGCCUGUGUGCAGGCGUAUUCACCACAAUGAUACUAAAUAUGUAUAAAAAUAAUUAAUAUUUGCAGAAUAAUGAAAGAAUAAUGUUGAACAAACUACAGAAGGCUAUUUUCAUUUUUUAAACAAAAUAAACAUGAAUUUAAGUAAUACUAUAA